GCAGAUCUCGUUCUCACACCAUUCCAUGAGUCAGAAAUCCAAGCAGCUGUUCUUUGCAGCAAAAAGAAGGGUUUACAAGUUCGAGUCAGAAGCGGUGGCCAUAACUAUGAAGGCUUAGCUUAUUAUGUCAGACUUCCCCCAUUCAUUAUCAUUAAUCUCAGGAAUUUCCGAGCUGUAGAGGUUGAUAUUGCAGAUGAAUCAGCAUGGGUUCAGUCUGGUGCGACACUUGGUGAGCUUUACUGUGCUAUUGGCAAGGAAAGUAGAGUUCAUGGGUUCCUAUCAGGAAUAUGCCCUACUGUUGGAGUUGGUGGGCAUUUCAGUGGAGGGGGUGUUGGUACCUUGCUGAGGAAAUAUGGGCUUGCAGCCGAUAACGUCAUUGAUGCUUUCUUGGUAGAUGUUAAUGGAACAAUUCUUGAUAGAAAAGCUAUAGGAGAAGACUUGUUUUGGGCUAUUAGAGGAGGUGGCGGAGGGUUUGGAGUCAUUCUUUCCUGGAAGAUCAAGCUUGUUAAAGUUCCCCCAGUUGUGACAAUUUUCACUGUUUCAAGAACAUUAGAACAAGGUGCUAUCGAACUUGUCCAUAAGUGGCAAUACAUUGCAGACAAGCUCCAUGAAGAUCUCUUUCUCAGAAUCAUCAUUCAAAAUGUUGGUGGGGGCACAAGUACAAAUCCAAAGACGGUCCAAGUUUCCUUUCAUUCACUGUUUCUUGGAGGAAUCGACAGGCUAAUGCCAUUGAUAAACCAGAAUUUCCCUGAAUUGGGAUUGAAAGCUGCAGAUUGCACACAAAUGACUUGGAUUGAAUCCCGAGAAUCAAACAAGCAUAUGCACUGGAUCAGGAUGUUUUACAGGUACAUGACGCCAUUUGCUUCCAAGUCUCAAAGAUCAGCCUAUUUUAACUAUAGAGACCUCGACUUGGGGAGAAAAAAGAUGUUAAAACAAGCUUACUUAGAGGCAAGUGUUUGGGGUGUGAAGUACUUUAAAGACAAUUUCAAGAGGUUGGUCCAAGUAAAAAAGCAAAAUUGAUCCAGACAAUUUCUUCAGAAAUGACAGAGUAUCCCCUCCUGCAUGAACAGGUGUAAUGAAAAUACAAACUCAUUACAAACAUAUAACAAGGCAAAAGUUCAAAAAUCUCAAUGAUAAUGAUGUAAGGUCUAGGAUAACAAUGAGAUCUGCCCCAUAUAUGUCAUAUCAGGAAAUUUUGACAAACAAUGACAAGUGGUUUGAUCCAAAUCACCAUGUUUCAUAAAUCUCCACUUUUUUGGGAUGGAACUUGGAAGAAUCUUAAAUACUUUUGACUUAGAGAGACAAUCAUCUUUUGAAAAAUUCUGUCAAAACCUUUGUAAGCAUUAUAACAAAUACAAAAAUGAUCAUGGCAAACAUACCUCCCAGGCUGACCAAGAGAACAGCAAAAGCAACAGUGCAUCACCACCACUGACAGUGCAGGCCCAGAAGAGACUGACCCUAUGCCCUAUAGAACCCAAUCACUAAUAUUAUGAAAUCGAAAAGCUGCAUAAAAGUAACAAUGACUUGUGAAAUUCUAGCAAGACCACUGCCCAGAAUCAUGAACCAAAUGAAUAUACCUGAAUUUAUUUGGCCAGCACAUGAAUCUAAGCAAAGGCGUAAAUCCCCAUCCAGAAACAUCG